CCCAACCUCAAAAACUCUCCACUUAAUUAUUAUCAUUCUCUCUCACAUCACUUCCAAAGUCUUAGCUCAUCAUGGGUGUGUUCACUUAUGAAACCGAGACCACUUCAGUUAUCCCUCCCGCUAGGCUGUUCAAGAGCUUUGUCCUAGAUUCCGACAACCUCAUCCCAGAGGUUGCUCCAAAGGCCAUCAAGAGCAUUGAAAUCAUCGAAGGAAAUGGAGGUCCCGGAACCAUUAAGAAGAUCUGCUUCGAUGAAGGCAGCCCAAUCAGCUACAUAAAGCAAAAGGUUGAUGAGAUUGACCAAGCAAACUUUUCAUAUCGCUACAGUGUGAUUGAUGGCGAUGCUUUGUCCGACAAACUGGAGAAAAUCAAUUGCGAGAUCAAGAUAGUGGCAUCCCCUGAUGGAGGAUCUAUCAUGAAGAGCAUCAGCAAGGACCACACCAUAGGAGACCAUGAGCUCGAGGAAGAGCAGAUUAAGGCUGGAAAAGAGAUGGCCUCAGGACUUUUCAAAGCUGUUGAGGACUACCUCUUGGCACACCCUAAUGAGUAUUAAUUAAGGCUAAUUGUGUGGUGGUUAUAUUAAUUUGCUUAUUUCCGCCAUCACGUGUUAAGGUUGUGGCUAGCUAUCAAUUUGUUUUGUGCGUAGUCAAAUUGUUUUGGCUUGC